AUGGACACCGGCUACCUCGCUCAGCAGGUCACCUCCAUCAUCGGCCAGCUGCACGGCCUCUUCGACGACAUCGGCGUCCCCAGCCAUGAGCGCGACUCACGCGAGGCAGAGCUCUUCGCUGCCCUCUCAGACACGCUCCAUGGCCAACUGCGCACCGUCACCAACGAAAAGCACGAGAUGACCGAGGAAGCGCAGCGCCUGAUCGAGACCAUCAAGCAGAUGGACGCCUCUCUGAACGACAACAAGACAAGCCCCAAGUACAACAAGGGCGAGCCAAAGGUCACCUAUCCCCUGACGCGCUGCCUGAAGACGCUGAAAGAGAAGUACAAUGCCGUCCAUAAGCAGCACCAGGAGCGCUUCGAGCAAGUGCGCAAACUCGCCGAGGCUCUCGAGUCCUACGCCUCUCACCUCGAGUCCGACUUCGUUACCAUCAAGCUGCCGCCCACAGCGCCGGGCGCGACCGUCUCGCCCGCUUUCGACAUCUCCUCUGCCUACGUCGCCAAGCUAGACAGCGAGUUCACCCGCGUCUACGAGGAAUACACAAAGCGUCUGAACACAGUCCAGGUGGUGUGCCAGGACAUCAUCCAGCUUUGGGCUGAACUGGGAACCCCGCAGGCGCAGACAGACUCGACCAUCGUGCAAUGCUAUCGCGACGCGCCAGAGCAAUUGGGUCUGCACAAGGAGGAUCUGGUUGAGUUGAAGGCGAAGAAGGAGCGUCUGAUCGAGGAGAAGCGCGGGCGCGAACGACGACUAGCUCAGCUACGAGCCACCAUCGAAGAGCUGUGGGAACGUCUCAGCGUCGAGCCCAACGAGCGUAAGCACUUCCUUGCGAGCAACCGUGGCUGUGGUCUGCGCACCAUCAACGAGUUCGAAGACGAGCUCUCGCGACUCAACGAGCUGAAACGCCAAAACCUGCACAUCUUUGUGGAGGAGGCGCGGAUAAAACUGCAAGAGCUGUGGGAUGCACUGUACUUCUCCGAGGAGGAAAUGCUUGACUUUACACCUGCCUUCUCGGACGUCUGCAGCGACGCACUUCUAUCAGCACACGAGGCGGAGAUUUCACGACUCGAAUCGCUCAAGGAGCAACGCUUACCCAUCCUCUCCAAGAUUGACCGACACCGUGAGCUGAUCAAGGAGCGAACCGAGCUCCAGCAAUCCAGCCAGGAUGCUUCUCGACUGAUGGGUCGCGGUCAGAAGGGCGAGAAGCGCGACCCUGGAAAGCUGUUGCGCGAGGAGAAGAUGCGGAAACGCAUUGCAAAGGAUUUGCCCAAGGUGGAAGCUGAUCUCAGAGCGACCCUCGAGGGCUACGAGAGCGAAUGGGGUCGACCUUUCCUUGUCCACGGCGAGCGUUACCUAGAUGAGCUGUAUGCUGUCGCUCAAAAGGGUCCUCCACCUCGAGCCAAGACUCCAUCCAACAUGAGCAUGCCCACGAAGCAGGGAACGCUGACCAGAUCUAAUUCCACCAUUCGCCCCCGAUCUGGUACAGUCCAUGGACAGGCGGUCCACCGUCAGACACUCAACGAGCCACCUAGCCGAGCCAAAACGCCGGUAUCAACCAACUUUGGUGCAAGCGUGAUGCGCGGCAACCCAUUUGCUCAGUCUGUCUCUGCAGCAUCGGGUGCAAAGAGCCCUUCGAAGCUGCCCACUCGCGCGCCACAAAAGACCAUGGGUUCGCCUGAGCGACGACCUGGGACCCUUUGUCGAACUGACUCGACGCUCUCUCGAGCUGAUUCGAGCUACUCGACCCACUCUCGAGGUGACUCCAUACAUUCCACGGCCUCGUCCAUGCACUCGCGAGCAGACUCACAGUCGUCAACACUACGAAGGAAAGGCGCGCCCAUGGCCCCACCUCCACGAAUGAAGGAUCUCUUUAUCCCGCCAGAAGCUACUGAGACGCCGAGGAAUCGGUUUGAGUUCAACCGUGGCGAGCGCAGCGAAAGUAUUGUUCGAAGCCUACCUCCGGAGGAUCCGUAUGACGAUCGGUUCAGCCAAACGAUGCGUCCUGGCUACGGUUUGUCCUAUGUCCAUGCGCCCACUCCAUCGCUGUCGUCCAACAGCAGCCGGCACAUUUCGCAAGCGUCUUCGGCGGGCUCUGGUCAGGGAGGAUCAGAGAACUGGGAGACAUUCAGCGAACAGUCUGACGAAGCACCUGAGAGCAACGUCGACUUUCCGAGCUACCGGGGCAGUCAGAUCAAGCGUGGCACACCUGACCACGCAUCUACGCCACGGGCCAUCCAAGGCAAGAAGAUUAGAGGCAUCCGCAAUGUCGACGGCGGCAGUAUGACGAUGGACCAGGACGGCCGCAUGGUUCGAUGCAGUGAAGCUGGCUGGACCGACGAUGGCAGCGUGUACUAA